GGUAGAAAUAUGUGUUCAAAUCUUCUUUCGAUUUUCUAUCUAAUACUCGUUUUUAAUCAGGUAUUCUCGGAUUGUGAUAAAAAUAAAGGUCCCUCAGGAAAUACAGGAUGUGUUUAUUCUCCUAAAUACUCCAAAUUCCAGGCAGCUGUUUGUAUGCCUAAGGAGAAGAUCGAGCACUCCACGGGUAGACAUUUGACAUGCUGGGGGUCUAGAACAAAAUAUUGCUGGUAUCAAUGUUCGGCAACAGCAAGCCAUGGCGGUCUGUCUGCUUGUCAGUGUGAUCCCAAUUCUCCAAGUGUGGACAACACUGAUACGCUUGAUAUCAGCUGUUAUUUUCCAUCUGGAGACUGCUCUUGGUUUUCUGAAUGUUUGGCAAAGAGGAAGUCUUGUCCAGCAGUAACGGAGACCGGUAAUACAUGCCAAAAACUGGAGAACAGUAGCAAGAAUAUCUCGGAAAACGGCAAGGCGUGGUUGAAAGGUGUCAUAAAAUGCAUGCAAAAUGAUUUAGUUCAUUUACUCUAUCCACAGGUUAAAGCUGAUUGUGAAAAAGUGAAAUCCACUGUAGAUUCCUCAACAAAAUACUGCUACACAGACCCUUUGGUGGACAAUCUUUUCUGCGAGUUAUCUUGGGAUGACAUCUUCCAAAUUGACGGUUUCGUUGGAGGUGUCUUCUCCAAACUUAAGAGAUGCUUGAUGACAACGUACGCCCCUAGCUGGGCAAAGCAGCUCUUGUUUUAUGUGGAAAACUAUAAUACAAAUGAAUGGGAUACGCUGGCUGAGGAGCUUGCUAAGACACUAUCCCAAUCAUUUCAGUGGUCAGAUUCCGGUGUAAAAUAUAAAACAGUAGGCCCAGCAAUACUUCCAUCAAACGGAGACUCGGUUCCAGUACGGAUCUAUGUCUACUCUGAAUCAAAAAACGAAAAGCUGAUUUCAGAAAAGAUAGACGAUCUAAAGGAGAAAAUUGCUCAUGGAGACGUAACCACGCUGACAUUCAAGGAAGGAAAGACCGUAAAAGUUACCCAUGUCAUUGGCUGCAAUGAUCCACAGUGUCUCUCAUACUCAUUUUCUAUGCAAACAGAAUGCAGUGGAAUUGCCAAGACUUUGUCCUGCCAAAUCCUUGAAGCUCAUACAUCAAAAAAACUGAUACUACUUAACACACACGCAAGAGAAAACCCACCGGAUGAUGGCGCUACAGCUCUGAAGAAUAUACAGGACGCUUGUCAAGGGAGACCAGCCAGAAGAUCAUCUUAUCCCUGUGAAAUCAGUGGUAAGACUCACGCGGCCCCUGGAGGGACUGUUUGUCUUGACGAAUUGAUUCUACAGUACGUCAUAGAUCUCCAGAAGACUGCUUACAAACCCCAGAUAAACUCUCUAGCGGGUUCUUGCCACACUAGUACGUCAUUACACUACAGCGGGAUGGCAGUCGAUUUACAACUGAACAAAAUAGCAGGAUCAAACUCAAGGGAUAAAAACCAAGAGGAAGCCUACACAAAGGCCUGUACUACAGCUAAGGGGUGGAGCCAUGGUGGGACCCAUGUUCACUGCCAGAUAAUGAAUUUAAAGCAAACUACGAAGACUGCAGUGAAAGGUGAUUCAAAAUACACAAACCUAGGAGGGGAAUGCAAGGAAACUUCAGUCAGCUGCAAUAAUGGACGAUUUGAGAAAAUGCUGUGUGCUGGAAGAUCAACUCGUCAAUGUUGUCUUCCGAAUUCCGGAAAGUAUGACUGUUUUGGUGAUGUAACAAAAUUGGUGCCAACAGGAAGGAAGAACGGAGGUACAGUUGCUUCAGUAAGCGAAAUAACACCAGACCUAAAGAAACUAGCGGAGAAGAAAAGCUGCUAUGUGUCGGCCGGAGAAAAUAACUGUGUUCACCCUGCAGUAAUAGCGGCCAUUGCCAGCAGAGAGUCACAUGCUGGUAGACUAUUAAUAAACACCAAUGGCUGGGGAGAUAACAACAAUGCUUACGGAACUAUGCAGUGUGACGUGCGGCAUUGUCCUGUUUGCAAUAAAACAAUAGGCCGGAAUUGUACAACCUACCACUGGGACAGCUGUGAACACAUAGAUGUGAUGACGGAACACACACUGGUCAAGUUUAUAAAACAAGUUCAGAGGAAACAUCCCACCUGGACCCUAGAGCAGCAGUUACAGGGUGGUGUAGCUGCCUACAAUUUUGGAGUUGGAAAUGUUCAGUCAUGGGAAAACUUAGAUAUUGGUUCCACUGGUGACGAUUACAGCAAUGACGUCAUUGCUAGGGCUCAGUACCUUAUCAACCAUGAAGGAUGGUAGGCAGUCACCUAAGGAUAAUGAAACAUUAUAACCAUUGGCGAUCUUCUGAUUUGAUCUUGAAAAUAAAUUCAUGACUAUUAUUAUAUAGUAUUCCGUCCAAAAAAGUAUUUUUUGUAAAUUGUUUUGUCAUAUACCCGCGUCUUUAAAUGCUAUCCAGUCAAUAAAACUGGAAUUUA